AUGUUAGUUGAUUCUGUUGAAAACUGGUAUUAUUUUUACGUUAGGGUGAAAACUAGAGAAUUGUAUAAAAAUGAUAAAAGUGUGAAAUCAGUUAAGACCCAUAAAAAUUGUGAAAAAGACAUAAAAUUAUCGUUAGAUUUAAUAGAAGACUGUUGUGGUAAGUUAAAAAACAUUCCUAACCUUAGCUUUAAUGUUACUGAUUUACUUGAUGAAUUUAAAAAAUUUGAGUAUCAAUAUUCAAGAGAAAAUGAAGAAAAAAUGGUUGUGUUUAUUGAAAAUGGAAUUAAUGAAAUAUUUAGUAGACUUUAUGAAGGAUUGAAGAAGAAAGUAGAUGGUUUAACUAUUGAUAAGUUGAAAAAUACUCAAGUUUAUUAUAGUAUGUUAAAAAAACAUGAGAAUUCAUCAACUGAAUUGUAA